UUGCGCGGUGCAUUAAUCUGUAUUCAUUUACAGAACGAGGUCGCAUCGAAAGGGAUCAUUCUUUCUUCAUUAGUCAGACCAGAAAAUUUAGAAAUCCUGGAAUGUACUGAUGUCAUUGACUGGCUGGUCCUACGUACAUAUGACACGUCGUCCAAACCUAGUGAAAGUAGUCUGCAGGUUCGUGGUGGGCCUAAAGAUGCUCUUAUCGCUUACGCCACCCAACCAUCAGGAUCAUUGCUUUAUCAAGAAGCUUUCCUAACAACGUAUCGUAGCUUUGUUACUCCAGAUGAACUUAUCCAAAAGCUGAUUAAAAGGUAUUUGUAUAUGAGUGCAAUAAACGAACAAUCAUCCGUAAAAGUAGCUCGCCAAACUUUUUCCAUGUUGGUGAGAGUUGUUGAUGAACUAUGUACUGUCGAACUUACCCGGAAGCUUAUUCGUUCAAUCACCACGUUCAUAAACCGCCUCAACGACCUAAUUUUAGAGGAUCAAACUUCAAGUAUGUCUUUGAAUCUUGUUUCAUCUUUCAAUUGUAAUUUGUUAAGUGACUUUAUUUUUAGGCAGAUGACAAUUUUUGACAUUCGAUCUGCAGUAGUUGCCAAACAGAUGACUUUUUUGGAUGCAGAAUUAUUUCAUAUGAUUGAGCCAGCUGAAAUGCUGUGGUGGGCCCAGGAACAGAAUGAAAAGAAGAGUCCUAAUUUGUGUCGUUUCACGGAACAUUUUAACAAGGUCUCAUACUGGGUUCGAACUCUUGUAUUAGUUCCACAUGACCAAAGAACACGUGAAAAAGUUAUGAUGAAAUUUAUUAAAAUAAUGAAGCACUUGCGUACUAUAUGCAAUUACAACUCGUACUUGGCGAUACUGUCAGCACUGGAUUCGGGCCCGAUUCGAAGACUAGAUUGGUCAAAAUAUAUUAUUGAUCUCUUAAAAGAACAUUCGGUCAUUAUGGACAGUUCACACUCCUUUAAGAAUUACCGUACUCUGCUUGGUGAAAGUCAUCCUCCAUGUUUACCAUACAUAGGCUUAGUUUUGCAAGAUCUAACAUUUGUACACAUUGGAAACAGUGACUAUCUUUCACUUGAACAGAGCAGCGGCAGAAAAAAUCUGCUGAACUACGGCAAAAGAUGGCAGCAGUUUGCCAUUUUGGACAGUAUACGAAGAUUUAAAAGCUGGAAUUAUUCUAUAGAAAAAGAUGAAAAAGUCAUUCAGUUCUUCAAUGGAUUUAAUCAUUACUUGGAUGAAGAUGAAGUGUGGGAUUUGUCCGAAUCAAUUAAACCACGAAUACGGAAGAAUAUAUGA